AGCGCUGGCGCCGCAGGAAAGUUUGCAGCGGGGCGGGCGCGGAGCGGGGCCGGGGCCGGAGCGGGGCGGGCGGCGGCAGCGCCGGGAUGGACGCGCUCAAGUCGGCGGGUCGCGCCCUGCUCCGGAGCCCCAGCGUCCACAAACCCUCCUGGGCCAGCGGCCGGCACAAGAAGCUCCCAGAGAACUGGACCGAUACCCGCGAGACGCUGCUGGAGGGGAUGCUCUUCAGCCUCAAGUACAUGGGCAUGACACUGGUGGAGCAGCCCAAGGGAGAAGAGCUCUCCGCGGCCGCCGUCAAAAGGAUUGUCGCCACUGCAAAAGCAAGUGGAAAGAAACUGCAGAAAGUGACUCUGAAAGUGUCCCCCAGAGGGAUCGUGUUAAACGACAGCAGAACGAACGAGCUGAUCGAGAACGUCUCCAUAUACAGGAUAUCCUACUGCACGGCAGACAAGAUCCACGAUAAAGUGUUUGCCUACAUUGCCCAGAACCAGCUCAAUGAGAACCUGGAGUGCCAUGCCUUCCUCUGUACCAAACGGAAAAUGGCACAAGCAGUCACCCUCACUGUGGCCCAGGCCUUCAAAAUCGCGUUUGAGUUCUGGCAGGCAGCUAAGGAAGAGAAAGAAAAGCAGGAAAGGUCCAUCUUGGAAGGAGAAGGGACAAGCAGCCCCAGCUCAGACUUGUCUCAUUCCCUUUCCUCUCUGUUCACAGCAGCAGCCACGGGGAACUUGCUGGAUUUAGAAGAUUCUGCCAAAUCGCCCGUGACGAGCAGCACAAACUCCCCACACUUGGAUAACAGCAUGUUUGGGCCCAGCUCCUCUGUAAACAACAACGUAGUGUGGGAAAUGGAUGAUGGUCUCGACGAGGCAUUUUCAAGACUGGCUCAGUCGAGAACAAACCCUCAUGUCCUUGACACAGGACUGACAGCUCAAGACAUCCAGAGCGCAGAAACGCUCUCACCAGUAGACUGGAACAAAAUAGAUUCCAACACAGGCGAGAAAGAUGAUCUGUUCAUGUUUUGAGGUCAGAUGCAUCUAAGAGCUGACAAGAGAAUAACCACUCAAAGUCUAUGGACUGAACCAUGCUGAUCCAGGUGCUGUAUGCAAGGGACUCUUCUGGGGGCUCUUCACCAAGUCAGGUGAUGUUACAGCACAGUUUAGACCAAAGUUUUAGAAAUCUAAUGCAGAUUUUUGUACCUUGCUUUUAUCUAAACCACAAGAUGCUCUUGAACAUAUUUAUUCAUAACUGUUACAGUUUACAUAUACUAUUGGAAGGUGUGUAGAGCAUCUACAGUAUUAUGUGGCAAUAUGCCACGGAAGAACCUUCAGCAGUGCCUGUUCCUCUCUGAAAAAAGACUAUGCAACACCAAAGUCUCCCUGUAGAUACUUCUCUAGACAAAGGUCUGCAGAUGCAAAUGCAAUUGCAAGCACAACUGUUACUAAUCCACUGUUUUGGAACACAGCGCCUGCCUACGCGGAGCGGAGGAGAUUUGCAGCAGCUGCUAACAGUGCUAAAAUCAAAGAGGUAGCAGAGAUCUUGCUUUUGUUAUGAAUGUCUGUGAUACUCUCACAGUUGUCAAUCACCCCUAUGGGUUCUGGCUCUUUCUUUGCCAGCUUUGUAUGGGAAUUGACACUUUUUUACCCAAAGACUCUAUGAAGUUUUGCACUUUAAAACUUGAACUGAAAGCAGUGGUCCGAACUGUCAAGGUAAGCAGUGCCUGUAACUUCUCUUCAGAAGCUAUUAACCCCCAAAAAACCCAACCCAGCAAUGCUGCAGAUCUGUUUCAGAACUGACUGCUCACGUGCACCGUUUCUGAUGUGACUCAAAUACUAAGGCUCCAUUGCACUGUUGGCUUGAAAAGCAGAACCUCCGGGGAGUAACAAUUUGUUUUGCUGAAGCGUGUUGAAAGUUGCAGGUUGGGUGAACCCAGUAGCACAAUAGAUCUGUGUUCUUAGCCCUGCUAAGUGGAUUUGGCUGUGCAUGCCUUUUUACUGUCUCAGAACCAUUUGGUUGUUGCUCACUCAAUAGACUGAAAUAGAAUUGGAUUAGGCAAGACCAAUACCUGGAUGUUCAAUUGGCAAGAGCAAUUGAACCCUUCCAGUGGUGCUCCAGUCCUCUUCCCCCCGACAGCCAUGUCUCCCGCCAGGCUUGGGAAGCUGUCUUCAUCUGCUCCUGGAGUUGAAAAUAAGUAAUGGACGUAUAAAGCUUAUGCUAAUUAAAAGAUUAAGUUUAAUGAUCCUAAAUAGUCGCACUGACAGUUUGCAGUGUUUGUGGCCUUAUGUGAAAUAUACUAAUCUGUUUUAUAGAUUUGUAACUUGGGUUUGGAACACUAAUUCAUUCCCCACAUAGCUCUUUAGAACUCUCUUAAAACUGCUUGCAGAAGACAAAAAAACAAGGAAAAACCUCUUUGUCAGCUGUAAGGAUUUAUUAGGGAACAGCUGAGUGGCUCUGACUAAAAUUUGUUCCCCCCCCCCCCCCCCCAAGUGUUAUUGUGAUAAAGUAUCGAGGACUCAUGGAGCUGACUCAUCAUGUCUCUUAAUAAAAUGUGUGCUCUGUUUAUCCACAAAAUUGUGUUUAAAGCAAGUUUCCAUCUUGCAGCUCCUGUGCCCGUGACUUGCUGAUCAUAUGUAGAGCAGCAGUCUCGCAAUUGAAGGGGUUACUCACAGUUUGUCCAUGUUAUAGAGACAUGAACCUAUCGCAUCAGCACAGCCAGAGCCAUGCAGAAGUGGUUGUAGCAAGCGCCUUGUCCCGACCUCGAGGAGUGGUGAUCUCCCUAGGGAAGAGCUUGGGCUGUAGGAAUGGCCCAUGAGCAUUUCUCUGUACAUUGAUCUUUCUCCUUUUCUAGAGACUCUAGGAGCAUAUACUGAAAUGCACAGUACUAUAGAUGUAUGUAUAUAGUUUUUUAAGAAAACCUUAUACUGUAAAGAAUAUCUGUACUGAGGGAAAUAAAAAUUCUACCAUUUUUUGGA